AUCCGAAUGCACAAAGCUCGUGCUAACUAUUGCAUGGUAGAUAGAUGAUCCAUCUCUCCAUCAACAUCCAAAGCAAAGUGAUACACAAAACAUAAUGGCUUCCCUCCCCCUUCCCCCAAAUGUCUCCAGUCGAUCCGUCUCCACCUCCGCCCUCAACUUCCACAUCCUCGAGGCCGGCUACUCUCCCGACCGCAACCGUCCUCUAAUCCUGCUUCUCCAUGGCUUCCCCGAACUGGCUUUCUCAUGGCACCUGUCCACCUUCUCACUCACCUCGCUAGCACGAGACAUGGUGAUUCUCGUCCACGCACUGGGGUACCGCUCCGUGCGCUGCGUCGUGGGCCACGACUGCGGCGCCGUAUCCGCCGCCAUGUGCGCAUUGAUCCGGCCAGAUUUCUUCGAAAGCGUGCUCCUGCUGAGCCACCCGUUCAACGGCACGCCGUCACUACCAUUCAACACCGCCAACAGCCAUGAUCAUGACCAUGACCACGGAACCCCAGGAAGCCGCAGCGGCAUGGAAUCCGCCGCCAGCAACAGCAUCCACGCCGAGCUGGCCCACCGCAACCGCAAACACUACAAAUGGUACUACUCCACCGCCGCUGCAAGCAACGAGAUGAGCCUGCCCCCGGGCCGUCUCCACGAGUUCCUGCGCGGAUACUUUCACCUCAAGAGCGGCUCGUGCGCGCGCAACGACCCACGUCCAUUAAAGUCCUGGACAGCAGAUGAACUAAUCCAACUACCGUUCUACUAUAUCAUGCCGCUGGACGCUACCAUGCCCGAAGCCAUCGCGCUGGACAUGAAAAACGAGCCGCAGAACGCUCAGCAGCUUUCGCAGGUCUGGCUGCCGGAUUCCGAUCUGGAAGUUUAUGUGGCGGAGUAUGGGCGGACGGGGUUCCAGGGCGGGUUGAACUGGUAUCGAGUGCGGACGGCGGCGGAUGGUCAGUUCAUGCAGGAUUUCGACACGUUCGCGGGGAAGAAGAUUGAGGUGCCUUGUGCUUUUGUGUCGGGGAAGAUGGACUGGGGAAUCUACCAGGAACCAGAGGCGUUGGAGAAGAUGGUGAAUGGGGAGGUGUGCAGCGAUUUUAGGUUCCUGAGGUUGAUUGAAGGGGUUGGGCAUUGGGCGCCCCAAGAGAGUCCCGACGAGGUCGCCAAUGUGAUUCUGCGCCUGGUGCGUAGUCUCGGAUGAACCCGUUAUGAACUUGUAAAUUUGCGUUUGGGCAGAUCGUAUAUGGUAUUAGGUCAAUUGGCGUCUGAAGCUAUAUCUUGACUUUUGAUCAAAAGUAUCUGCCCCGGUCGAGGGGAUCGUAACCUAUAACGCCUGUAGAAUAAGAAUGCGUGGCUCACAAGGAAAGUGUGGGGUGUCAUAAGACAAGAAAGUCUCGCAAAGUUCAUAAAGUAGUAUACUCAAAACUGGGUAUGUGAUGCAACAAACGAGCCACAAAAGCCAAAGUCAAACAAGUAUUUACAUCAUCGCCCAACUGAGCAAUGCUACCAUGUAAACAGGUAGCACGUUCAUCAGCGACGGCUUGGGCGCUGCCGCUGAUGUGAGCG